CAGCCGGAGGCGGAGCGAGCCCAAAAUGGCGGCUCUCAGGCUCGCGCGCUCCUUGCUGCUGAGGCUCUGAGGCGGUAGCGGGGUGUCGGGGGCGUCUUUUGCCGGCCCUGGGGACCCUGGACGAUGAAUCGGGGGCUCUGCUGAGGCCGGGCGGCGGGGGCCGAGCGACGUGGCGGCGAGGGCGGAGGCGGACCCCACGGAGCGGGAUGUGUGAGAGUUACUCCAGGUCGUUGUUGAGGGUCUCGGUGGCGCAAAUCUGCCAGGCGCUGGGCUGGGACUCGGUGCAACUCAGCGCCUGCCACCUCCUCACCGACGUGCUGCAGCGAUACCUGCAGCAGCUGGGACGGGGCUGCCAUCGCUACUCCGAGCUCUAUGGCCGAACAGACCCAAUUUUGGAUGACGUUAGUGAAGCUUUCCAACUUAUGGGAGUUAGCCUGCAUGAACUAGAAGACUACAUUCACAAUAUUGAACCUGUCACUUUCCCACAUCAAAUCCCUUCAUUUCCUGUUAGCAAGAACAAUGUACUUCAAUUUCCUCAACCUGGAAGUAAAGAUGCUGAGGAAAGAAAAGAAUACAUUCCUGAUUACAUGCCACCUAUUGUGUCUUCUCAAGAAGAGGAAGAAGAGGAGCAGGUGCCCACUGAUGGGGGCACUUCUGCAGAGGCCAUGCAGGUUCCCUUGGAAGAAGAUGACGAAUUGGAGGAGGAGGAGAUUAUUAACGAUGAGAACUUCUUGGGCAAGAGACCAUUGGAUAGUCCUGAAUCUGAGGAACUCCUCCCCCCCAUGAAAAGGCCACGCAUCUUAAGCAUGAAAGGCGAUGCCCUAGAUGUAGUAUUAUUGGAAGCCAGAGAACCACUCAGCUCCAUAAAUACCCAAAAGAUUCCUCCCAUGCUGUCACCAGUGCAUGUGCAGGACAGCACAGACCUAGUCCCUCCAUCCCCCGAGCCGCCCAUGUUAGCUCCAGUUGCAAAAUCACAACUGCCCACUGCAAAACCAUUAGAUGCAAAAUCAUUUACACCCAAAACAAAGACGAAAAGUAGUUCUCCAGGGCAAAAAACUAAGUCGCCUAAAACUGCCCCGUCACCCGCCAUGGUCGGAAGCCCUAUCCACUCACCAAAAACCAUAUCCAAAGAAAAGAAAUCUCCUGGACGUUCUAAGAGCCCCAAAAGCCCCAAGAGCCCUAAGGUUAUGUCUCACAUUCCCCCAGCACCUGUCAGACCUGAAACUCCAAACAGGACUCCUUCCAUUACAGUAAGUGAAAAGGGGAGCAAAGAGAUUAUUCAGGUUAAACAAAUACAAACCCCACCCGAGGCUGGGAAGCUGAACAAUGAGAACCUGCCAAGAAAGGCAGUGGUGAUGGAUAAGACGAUCGACGACUCCAUUGACGCUGUGAUUGCCCGGGCUUGUGCCGAGAGAGAGCCAGACCCCUUCGAGUUUUCCUCUGGAUCAGAAUCUGAAGGAGACAUUUUCACCAGCCCUAAGCGAAUUUCUGGUUCAGAGUGCAUAACUCCAAAAGCUUCGACUUCCUCCAACAAUUUCACCAAGUCAGGAUCCACACCACUGCCUCUCUCUGGAGGCACCUCCAGCUCUGACAACUCGUGGACAAUGGACGCCUCCAUCGAUGAGGUGGUGCGUAAGGCCAAGCUGGGCACCCCAGCCAAUGUGCCCCCCAACUUUCCCUACCUCUCUUCUCCUUCAGUUUCUCCUCCCACUCCCGAACCCCUUCCCAAAGUGUAUGAGGAGAAAAGCAAACAACCUUUGUCCAUGGAAGUCAAAAAGAAGUUGAAAAAGGAACUGAAGACGAAGAUGAAAAAGAAAGAGAAGCAGAGAGACAAGGAGAGGGAAAGAGAGAAGAGCAAAGAAAAGAGCAAAGAUAAGGAAAGACUGAAAGAAAGGGAAAAAGAAAAGGAAGCCAGCAAGGAAAGCAAACACCCAUGGAAGGACUUUUUGAAGGAUGAAGAGACUGAUCCGUACAAGUUUAAAAUAAAAGAAUUUGAUGAUGUGGACGCCAAAGUGAGGUUGAAAGAUGGACUUGUGAGGAGGGAGAAAGAGAAGCAUAAAGAUAAGAAGAAAGACCGAGAAAAGGGCAAAAAGGAUAAAGAUAGGAGAGACAAAGAAAAAGUGAAAGACCGAGGCAGAGAGGAGAAGAUGAGAGUCCCUCCAGCUCCCUUGGUGUUGCCUCCCAAGGAGAUGGCCUUGCCCUUGUUCAGCCCUGCUGGGGCCAUGAGGGUCCCUUCCAUGCUGCCCUCUCUCUCGCCAAUGCUUCCCGAAAAACUGUUUGAGGAAAAAGAGAAACCUAAGGAGAAAGAGAGAAAAAAGGACAGAAAGGAGAAAAAGAAAAAGAAAGAGAAGGAGAAGGAGAAGAAAGAGAAGGAGAGGGAGAAGGAGAAAAGAGAGAGGGAGAAGAGAGAGAAGGAAAAGGAGAAACACAAACACGAAAAAGUAAGCAGUUUGUCAUUUUCGGCACUAUCAGAGCACAGUCCUCUUGACAAAAUACAGAUCAAAGUGGAGCCAGUUGUUCCAGCCCCAAGUCCUGUUAUCCCCAGACUGACCCUCAGAGUUGGUGCUGGCCAGGACAAGAUUGUCAUCAGCAAGGUGGUCCCAGCACCGGAGGCUAAGCCCGCUCCUGCACUGAGCAGACCCAAGACCCCACCACCCGCCCCGUUGCCGCCCCCGGCUCCCAUGCAUGUCAACCCAGCCCCACUGCCUUUGCACAGCCCCCUCCUUGCACCACCCAGCGCUUCCCCUGCAUUGCUGCCCUCUGUGUCCCCAGCCAUCUCCGGAGCUGGUUCCAGAGCCCCAGUCCGCAGCGUGAUCACAGAGACGGUUAGCACAUAUGUGAUCCGAGACGAGUGGGGCAACCAGAUCUGGAUCUGCCCCGGGUGCAACAAACCUGACGACGGGAGUCCCAUGAUUGGCUGUGACGACUGUGACGACUGGUACCACUGGCCAUGUGUUGGAAUAACAGCUGCACCACCAGAAGAAAUGCAAUGGUUCUGUCCCAAGUGCGCCAACAAGAAGAAGGACAAAAAACACAAAAAGAGAAAGCAUCGGGCACACUGACAGCCUGACGCCUGCUGGGGGCCUCUUCCUGCAGCCAAGGAGAGGAGCGAGGUCGCCUCUGCCCACCCACUUCCCAACAGACUCUGGACAAUGACUGGGGAAGACUGAGGACAGGGACACACCACCCACUCUGGCUUGUCCCAUUCUGAGCCAGAGUGGCCCGGGACUGCCUGGUGGUGUGAUGGAGGCAAAGGAGGUGGGGUGGGGGCUCCCGGACUGCCGAGCCUCCACGUUCUCCUACCACUGACAAGUAUUAUUAAUAAAAGACCAGCACCUCCCCUUUUGAUUUCCUUCAUUCUCUCCAGAGUCUCUCCAUGAAGGUAUUAGGCGAGGAGAUAAUAUGUAAACUGCCUUGACUGUAACUUAAGAAUGGUACAUUAGUCUGUAUACAGUUCUCACCCCAUCCCUCCAAAAUAAGAUAAUCAUAAUAACAUGAGAGGACGUUCCGGCUGAAACCUUGGUAAAUAUUUUUGUGAUGAGAAGAUAUGAAGCUUCCCCCACCCCCAGCCCCAGUCCCAGCCCCGUUUUUAGUACUAACAUGUAAAAUGUUCUGGCUUUUGUGAAAUACCUUCUAUUUUUUAAGAAAAGAGGUUUCUAUCAUGUCCUGUUUGCUUUUGUGCAAAUUAUUUUUGUUGACAUAUUUUCUAUCCCCAUUGCGUUCCGACUCUGCCUUCCUCUAACUGCUGGAGUUCUUCUCACCGCUCAGACAUUUCAUCAACUUGUACAAAAAGACUCUCCAGACCAGGAGCUCUCCCCCGACAGUCCUAUGUAAAUAAUAAAUAUUUAUGAAGUAGCUAUUUUUAAAAUUUUUAUCGGGUAGGACUCUGGCUUUCUCUGACAUCCAUGGUGGUUUCAGCCACGUCAGUGAUGAUUGCUGUACUGAAGCUGAGAAGGCUGGAAGAUAAGAGUCAGAGUUUAGAGGCGCCCCGCUCCAUCCCCCCACUCCCACCCUGAGCCUGGCCAUGCAGUGCCCCAAAGCAUGGUGGGGGGGACAGGACCCUAGCAGCUGGGAAGAGAACAAGGCAAUUUAAACCCCUUGUUUACGAUUUGAAAUCGUUUUUGGUAUCUACUACACUUCUGUACAGUUCUUUAACUGACUUUUAUUCACAGGACAUGUGGAUUCCCUGAAAGGAAAAAAAAAAUACUGUAGUAUUUUGUGUUGAUAUUGUUUUAUUUCUGCAAGUUGUUCAUUGAUAUUGUGGUUUAAGGCUGGAAUGGAGUAUAUUAUGAAUUUUUUAAAUGACAACUCAUCCAAUUUCAGGGUCUCACGAAACUUUAUUAUAUGACUACCCUGCCCACUAUUUAUUAUAUGUUAUAGAUGUCUGAGAGAUAAACCAAAUAUUUUAUUUUUAAUGUAAAACAUCAAAUUUAAUUUUAUUAGCAUAUUUUAGCAACUUUGGAAUAAAUAUGGACUUUUACUUGAUUUUGAAAUAGUCCUGGUUUGGGCCAAUGUAAUGGAUAUUUUGAAUGCUAGACUAUAUGGGCUUUGAACUGAAUACAAAUUAUUAAUAGAAAUUGUGACUUUUUAAUGCCAAGUAAAUCAAUAUUAGUGUAUGAAUUAGCCAUAUUUUAAAACGUAUUAUGUGGUCAAAGAAAUGUGGUUUUCUGCCUUGAAUGUGAAAUUGCAAAUCAGUGGAAAUGGAGUCAACCUUUGAAAAGUGCAGUAUUUCUUCAUCGCCCUCUUUGUUCUAGAAGCCAAAAUUUUUCUGUCCUUACAAAGAAACGAAGUAUCUGUCUUGAAGACACAUGGUGCAUGAGAGUGUGUGUGAGUGUGUGUGUGUGUGUGUGUGUGUGUGUGUGUGUCCGCUUAAUUAAAUCGAGGUCAUUCUAAAUACCUUAAACGAUAUUUUCACAUGCACAAAUAUAUACCCGUUAGUGCUUUUUGCAGAGGAAUGGAGGCUGGGGGAAAUACAAAAUAAAGAUUAUUGGCUGUUUCAUA